AUGUCUGGUGCAAAAGCCUCCCUGAAAGCGGCUAAAGCUGCCCUCGAUGCGCACGACUAUCAACGUGCAGCCACCGAGGCGAAGAAAGCCAUCGAACAUGAUUCGAAGACUUAUCAUGGCCAUGUGUUCCUGGGUCUAGCGCUUGACAAGCAGAAUGACCCUGAGUCUUCUGUCAAGGCCUACAAGGCAGCAACGCAUAUCAAAGAAGACGACCCUUUAGCUUGGCAGGGGCUAGUAUCUCUAUUUGAAAAUCAUGCAGGUAAGAUGCUAGAUCAGUAUCAUGAUGCGGCGCUCUCUUUAGCAGAGCUCUAUGCUGGACAAGAUGAUAAGUUCAAAUGCCAAACUGUCAUCGAUAAGUACAUGCUUGACGCCAAGAAGUACGGCUCGAGAAGCCAGUUCAAACAAUCCCUAGAGACCAUCUUGCCUGGGAGUCCAGUCUUUGAGUACCUCGAAGGUAGAAUACCUCAGCCAGCUUACACGUAUUGCAAGCUGGCAGAUGUUAUUGAAGCAGAAGAAAAGGAGAGGCUUAACUUUGAGAUUGGUCAACGUCGAACAAGGCUAGGAGCCCGCAUUGACCAGGUGACCUUAGAGGUCAAACGAGAGAUAUUGGAGAAUAGUGUAUUGGGAGAUGUCUAUUCUCACAUUAUUAAUUGGUCUCAAGACGACGAGAUUCGCCGUACAUAUGAAGAGAAGCAGCUCCAACAUGCAGGCGACACACUUGCUGCUUUGCCUUUGUCCAGGAAACAUUCUCAACGGGAAGAUGUCAUGAAGAUGGCUAGGGGCCUGGUCAUUUUGAAGCACCCAUUCCUUUUGGCUUGGAAAAUUGUGUUGGAGUGGAAUGACGUCGACGAAAUUGCAGAAUUGGAUAUCGGCUUGCUACGUGAUUUUACGAUUUUAUUUCCUGAGGAAGGCCUCGCUAAGGUUUGCAAAGGCUAUUUGCUGAGCGAAAUUUCACCUUUUCCAAACGGGAGAUCGAACGAUACUGAUGGGGAGAAGCAGCAAGAAUCGAAUGAUUAUGCGCUCGCAGAAGAUAGAUUAAUUCUAAUGACCGAGGGCUUGGACGAUGCAAAGAGGUCAAUUCUGGCCCACCGUUUGAUGGGACAACACUAUCUGUACUUAGACGAAUACGAAGAUGCUGUCAAUGUAUCGAAGGAGGGACUCGAGCGCCUCGUAGCAGAAGCAAAUCUCAUGGGCCUUAGUCUUCCACGUACAGCUGAUGCGAUCAACUCAACACUAGCUACAGCUUUGGUACAUCACCAAUCACCUCGCCAUCAUGCUGACGCUCAAGCUAUUUUUCAAACUAUUCUCGACCAUAGAGCUAAUUAUACAGCAGCAUUAAUCGGAAUUGGCUUGAUUUACGAAGAAGAAGAAAACUACGCCGAAGCGCUAAAUUUUCUGAGUCGAUCGCUCGAGAAAAGUCAUGAUCCCAAAGUCAAGGCAGAGGCUGCCUGGUGUAAGGCACUAAUGGGAGACAAUGGUGCUGCCUUUCGAGAACUAGAAGUUUGCCUAUCAGACAUGAACGAUUCGGACCCGAAGACUAGAUCGCUCCGUGCACAGACUUUGUACCGCAUAGGCAUGUGUAUGUGGCGAUUAGAGAGCAGCCGAGCAAGACGAAAGGACCGUAAUGGGUCGUAUGCCCGCUUUUUAGCCUCAUUGCAGGCCGACAUGAACUUCGCUCCUGCAUAUACGAGCCUCGGAAUCUUCUAUGCAGAGUAUGCGAGAGACAGAAAGCGGGCCAAAAGGUGCUUUCACAAAGCUUUCGAGCUUUCAGCUUCCGAGCUUGAUGCAGCUUACAGGCUGGCAGAGUCCUUCGCUCAAACUGAUGAGUGGGAGUCGGUUGAAGCCGUAGCUCAGCGUGUGAUCGACUCUGGAAAAAUCAAGCCUCCUCCAGGUUCGAGGAAAAAGCCGAUAAGCUGGCCGUUCGCCACUUUAGGGGUCGUGCAGCUCAAUAAUCAAGAAUAUGGAAAGGCAGUCGUUUCUUUUCAAUCUGCACUUCGGGCUUCGCCUACUGAUUACAACUGCUGGGUGGGUCUCGCUGAGAGCUACCACAACUCCGGACGCUAUAUAGCUGCAACGAAAGCCUUUGAACAUGCAAAAGAGCUAGAACAAGGCUCUCAUGCAGAUAGUGGUUGGUUUACUGAAUACAUGCUAGCAAAUGUAAAACGAGAACUAGGUGACUUUGAUGAAGCCAUUUAUGGAUACCGAAGUGUUCUUAAGAACAGAUCAAGCGAGUUCGGCGUGUCUCUGGCGCUGUUGCAGACCCUCGUAGAAAGCGCGUGGCGGAGUAUUGAGCUUGGAUUCUUUGGACGUGCUGCUGAACGUGCCAAAGAGGCGAUCUUGUUUGGCCAAGAUGUUGUAAGGAUUCGGAGUCAUGCGUUCAACUUGUGGAAAGCCGUGGGAGAUGCUUGCUCGGUAUUCCUGAGUGUACAAGGCCACGCCUCUAUCGUACCGUGGACCCAGCUCGGAUCGCUGAUGCUCGAAAAUUCCGAGGCCCUAGAUUUUGAUAUCAUGUCUGAUAUUGAUGACGUGAAUGUAGCAACCUUCAACGCAAUCUCUACAAGCAAUGGAGAAGAAAGUUCAGGUGCUCGUACCGCCUGUGCGGCCAUUCUUGCUUAUAAGCGUGCAAUAAAUGCAUCAGCACACGAUGUUCAUGCUAGAGCAGUCGCUUGGUACAAUCUGGGCUGGGCCGAGCACAAAGCACAUGCCAGCAAAGUUGUUGACAGGCAUGAAUCGAAGCAUCUGAGAGCAGCAGUACAAUGCUUCAAGCGUGCUAUAGAAUUCGAAGCAGGUAAUGCGGAAUUUUGGAAUGCCUUGGGUAUCGUUACUUGCGACCUCAGUCCAAAAGUUGCGCAGCACUCUUUUGUACGAAGUCUUUAUCUGAACGACAAGAACGCUAGAGUCUGGACUAAUCUAGGCACCUUGUAUCUGCUCCAGGACGAUCGCCAACUUGCUGCUGAAGCCUUCACGCGCGCUCAAUCUGGAGAUCCUUCUUUUGCUCAAGCGUGGCUUGGUCAGGGGCUUCUUCCAACCCAAUCUUCUGAUCAGGCAGAUGCCAGAUACCUCUUCACUCACGCUUUUGAAAUUGCAGAUUCCACAAGUACAUUGGUCAAGUUGUUAUAUUCGAGAGCCGUUUUCGACCAUGCUGUUUCGUCUAGAGUUCGCGCCAGCGAGCUUCUUCAACCCCUUUUAUCCUUGCAUCACCUUCAAUUGCAAACACCAUCGGAUAUGGCCUCUCAGCAUCUUCUUUCAUUGUUUGCAGAGAGGAUUGGGAACUUCGACGAUGCGAACUCAAGCGUGAACAGGCUUUGUUCCAAGCUGGAAACCGAAUACGAAAGUUCUGAGUCUCUCCAUACUCUAUCGCGCUUUGCACAGUUGAAAUCAGAUGGCGCCAGGACACAAUUGGCAAGGAAUCAUUUUUCCAAUGCUGCGGAUGAUUCUUCGACGGCUCUUGAUCUUACAGAAGAUGAAGAGCAGGUCGAGCUUCGUCCACAGAUCCGGUUGUCUGCCCACAUGACCGCUGGGCUGGCUUGUUCACACCAAAGAUCCGAUGAUGAAUCGAUCGAUAUGUUCAAAAGUGCCUUGUCAGAGACACAUGGUAAUCCCGACAUCGUUUGUCUGCUUGCGCAAGUAUUGUGGGCCAAAGGCGAAGAUAACGAACGGGCUGUCGCCCGGGAGCAAUUGCUUGAUUGUAUAGAAAGAUAUCCUGGACACGUUGGUGCUACUUCCAUGUUGGGCUGCAUUGCCAUCUUGUUCGAAGAUGAAGAAAUACUCGACGCUGUGGUACAAGAUUUGAGUGACAUGCGCACGAAUGAUAGCCUGAGCCUCCAGGAGCGAAGCAAAAUUGCAAUCUUGCUGAAUGUCGUCUCAUCUCUUCAUACCGAGCCCGAUGGCCAACGCUCAGCUGAGCUCUCUCAAGCAAAUACCACUAUCAUGCUGUCACCCUCUCACCCUCACGGCUGGAGCCAACUAGCUGCACUUUCGCAUGAAGCAUUUCCUGCAGAAGCAGCAAUACUUGUAGCUUCGAAAGCGGCCACCCCAAAAGGUAAUCUGGAAGCCUCUGAUUUAUGUCUUGGGUACGCUGGUACAAGGAGACCAGACGACGCGCAGCGAGCAAUUAUGCUGGCGCCGUAUAGUGCUUCGGGGUGGGAGGCUCUCUGUUAG